AUGAGCCUUUUGCGACGACGGAAAAGGGCUUUUGUUCCGAGUAUCCGUCAGAUUGUUGACGAAAUCGAGGACGACCAGGGGAACGACAAUAGCCAGGAAGACGAGAAUGGGGAUGAGGAUGAAGAUGGCGACGAACAUAACAAGGGCCGGGGUAAAGGGAAUGGAGGAAGGCCAACGGUCAUUCCUCGACCUCCGCCCAGCCCUGGUCCGCCCACUCCUGGCCCGCCGAGCCCUAGGUCAUCGUCUCCUCCGCCUCUCCCGUCGCCGCCAGCUCCACCACCGCCACCGACAACACCCGUGCCUGAGACAACAGAGUCAUCGUCGACAUCGAUUUCGACGUCAGCUGUAACUCAAACUUCAUCGACACCGGCUUUGCAACCACCUUUGACAACUAAUUCCGACCCUUCGCCGUCGUCAACUCUAUUGAUCAGCUUUGUUCCCCUUUCAUCCCAGACAUCCCAAACAUCCCAAAUAUCCCAGGAAAGCCUAUCAUCUAGCUCCACCCUAGAGACUCGAUUCGUCGCCUCCAGCGUUUCUGCGACAUCUACGUCUGUUUGGGGAGUGACUCCCAUCGGAACGACAACCACCGAAGCUACACAAUCCUCCGAGCCUUCUCCGGAGAUGGUCAUGACCAUGAAAGGGCUCUCCGCAGCUGGGUGUGCGUUUAUACUCGGAAUCCUGCUUUUCUUCAUUCGGAAACGACGAAAUCGAAACACAUAUAUCGAUCUCGAAGCCAAGGACGGUGCGCAUUUGCCGUCUCCAGGCCAAACAAUCGCUGCAUUCCUGCUUAAGAUGCUCCCCUGCAAGUCGUCAAAGCCUAGUAGGACACAUAGUGACGUUGCCGAGACUGCGGCUGUUCUUCCUCCUACUCUGCCACGAAGAGAUAUCACUGUCGCCUGGCCUCUUCCGGAUACGCCUCUGCCAAGCAAGCCCCCUCCCUUCGAACCGUCACGACUUCCAGAUCUUAUCAGCCCCUUAUCUAUGAAUCCCCUCCCACACAGGGAGCCCAGCCAUCAUCAAGGCGGAUAUCUGCGCAGGCUUUCGAGGAUAUCUCCAUUUUUCUCGAAACGAUCCUCUAUCAGCCCAUCGUCAGACGUGGAUGAGGGCAAGCACGUUCUUAGUGGUCACCCCGCUACGUUACCCGAAUACGAGAAGAGGGGUCGAGACCCACCCAUCGAGACAGACAUGAGCUCAGCAGAUUCAUCUUCGCCGCUCGCUGCCGGAUCAUUCCAACUGCAAGGGGCAGUCAAUUGGGACAACCUCACCCAAAAAACAGUAUCCUUCUCAGUCGGGGUAUUGAGUCGCCUCGCAGCCGCUGGAGUAGAUCCAUACAGCCUCGUCAUCGGCCAAGCGAUAGCACAGAAGUUCCCUCUCUCUCGUAUCGGUCGACAGAACGUGCAGGCUGCGUUAACUGCCCUACCCAGCCAUGGCGGGUAUGGAAACCUCCUCUGGUUUGGCUUUGGCAUUCAGAGUUUCGCUCGGACUCUGGGGGCUACCGACCAGGGAUGCGGUUUGCUGGCUCUUUGCGCCGCGCUCGCGGAAUGCUACCAUGAAGACUUUGCGGCCGACGUUAUGCACAACAUAGUUUUACAACAUAAUCCUCCCGAUCAGCUCAUGCCCUCGCUCAGCCAGUGGCUAAUGAUCAUUCGCGCCUGUGAGGGGGUUUUUUCGACCACAAAGUUUCCCCUUCUCGCCGAGGGUCUCAUGAAACUGGAUCUGAGGCCACUGCGCAGCAAAGCUGCCGAGUUAGCGGUUAGUUUUCGAGAAUGUCCUCUCCCCGAGAAGCUCGCCGCUGCCAUAAUCGGCAUUGGAAAAGUGGCGUCCGGAAGCCUGCAAGCCAUCCGAAUUACCGGAUGCUCUGUGGUAGGAUGGAUUGCAGCUGUUGGGGAGUGGCUUUACGGCCUCAGGGUCGUCAUUUACAAUCAACAGGGAGAGAUGUGGUUUCCAGAACUUUUGCCCGCUCAACCCGGCAUGGAGAAAGCCGUUCGCAUGAAAAUAGAGGACGCGGAGUCAAAAUAUGAGGAAAACUUGACGGUCAUUCAGGGAUUGUGCAAUUGUGUCAUGUGCCGGGACUGGGGCAAGACGGAUACCGGGAGCUUCUGUCUGGUAAUUAUGUUGGAGACGGUUUUAGUCGUCGCUCAAACGCUUGCGAGUCUUUCCGUCGCAGAUGGUUUAUGCCCCAUGCGCAGCGGACUCGAGGAAUUUUACGACAGGCAGCUCAGGAGGCCAUUCGAGAGGCAAUCAAGGAGACCAAGAUCUAUCACAUUCAUCCUCGACUUCUUCGAGCGGGGAAUCGGACACGACUAUGUUUAUCGGUUAACAGAUGCCUUGAUACUAUUCACAGGCCACCUGUAUCCAGCCAAGUGGCCAGGAGCCAGUCUAGGAACCACUGCGAUGAGCGAAGGUGGAGUUUGUGUGUACUUGGACAUUUUGAGGGAAUUCACGCUCAACCCAGAGCUUACUGGGCUCGUUCAUGUCGUGCCAGGCCGGAUUGAAAAGGACCGCAAGACUUUCCGAAUCGUUCAGGACAGCCUAGCUUCGCAACACGCCCCGCGACCAACGGCUAAUGCAUUGCUGGCAAAGCUCAGCCAGAUAUCCUUGAGGCUUACAGAGACGCCGAAAUCCCUCCGGGUUACCUACGUCCUAGCAACAGGCGACCUUGGGACAGGCUGUGCGACUGUUCCCAUCUCUCCUGGGUGUCUAGUCUUGUCUGCGCUUAAGGCGAGGGGUCUCGUGAACUGUUCGAGGUCGGCUUCUCGAUGUGGUGACCUAUCCAAGAGGAACAUUCUGGUUGACUGUUCCCAGUACCCGAUUAUACAAGCACGCGUCGAUGGUAAGCCAGUCAUGCUCUGCGAUGGAAGAGUUGGUGGCGACAACGUGCGGGCUGCAGCGAUCCGGACUCGCAAGCCAUCAUUACCAGAACACUCGCGAACUAUUCUAGCUGAUGAGGAAUGCCUCGAUUGCUGCUUCGCCGAAGCCUUGGAGUUAAUAGGGUCAGACGAGGUUGGGUUCGACAGCAGCUCCAUUUUAAUUAUCUCCAAUUCGGUGUCACAGCUCUAUAAAACGACCGAAAGCUAUCAGGCGACCGACCAGAGUGGAAAGGAACAGGAAUCAUGCUCAAGAGGAGCAGUAGACUAG